UCCAGGCAGACGGACCAGAGCCGAAGAUGGCAGCAUCCGGCUCUUUUCCUCUGCUGGUAGAAGGCUCUUGGGGCCCGGAUCCCCCGAAGAACUUGAGCACCAAGUUGCAGCUGUACUUCCAGAGCUCGAAGAGGUCGGGAGGCGGGGAAUGCGAGAUCCGCCGGGAACCCGGGAGCCCUCCCCGCUUCACGGUGCUCUUCUUCCCGGACGACGUUCGGCAGAGAGUCCUGGACAGAGACAACCAUGAGUUAGUAUGGCCUGGACAAGGAACAUUCAAGUUAACUGUCAAGUUGCCCACAGCCCCAGAUGAAGUCCAAAAUGUCCUUGAAGAGGAAAUUCCAAGGAAGGAAUCCAAGACCAAAGUCCAUGUCAGAGAACCAGAUGUGUCCGAAGAACCAGAUACAAAACCCUCUCUCAAUAGAAGAUCAGAAAAAAUGGAAGAUACCGGAGCAGAAAAUGAAAUCAUUUCUUUGGUUGCACUUGAAAACCUCCAGGAAAAUGUGACUGAUUUGAUGUUAAUCUUGUUAGUGGAGAACACGAGUGGUUUGUCCAAUGAUGACUUUGAAGUGGAAGUAGUUCGCGAUUUUGAUGUUGCUGUAGUUACCUUUCGAAAAUACAUAGAUGUCAUGAAAUUUGUUGCUGAUUGUGCCAAGGUCUCUAAAGUGAAACAACUUAAGCUUUCUCCAAGACCUCUGGAAGUCACAAGAGCAAUCAGGGUGGAAAACCUGCCACCUGGUGUUGAUGACUAUGAAUUAAAACUUGUAUUUGAAAAUCCUGAUAAUGGAGGAGGAAGAGUUGCCAAAGUUGAAUGUUUUCCUGAAGAGAGUUCUGCUCUGAUUGAAUUUUUGGACAGAAAAGUGGUCGACACCAUUAUGACCAAGAAGCUUGAGCUCAAUAAAAUGCCGCUCUCCGUGUUCCCAUACUACUAUUCCUUGGGCACAGCCUUGUACGGAAAGGAGAAGCCUCUGAUCAAGCUUCCAGCACCCUUCAGAGAAUCCUUGGAUCUUCCCUUGUGGAAGUUCUUGUACAAGAACAAUCACCUGAUCGAGGAGAUAAAUGAUGAAGUGAGACGCUGUCACUGUGAGCUCACCUGGUCCGAACUCAAUGGGGAAGUUACCAUCCGACCCGCACCCUCCUUACUCAGACAGGGAAGACAGAGAAUCAAGAACUGGCAGAAAAAUGUUUCCACAGCCUUUGCCGGCAUCAGGUCUAAAUAUAAAAUCUCCUCAUUUAAAGUGGAUCCCAUCGUGUGGGACACCGUGAAAAGUGACUUACAAGACAACAGGGUGUUGAUUGAGUUUGAUACACUGCUGGAGAUCGUCACUUUGGUGGGGAAAUCAGAGGAUGUACAAAAGAUCGAGCCACAACUCACAGAAUUAAUAGAAAGCACCACACAAAGAAUUAAAAGGGAACAGCAAAGCCUGAAGGAAAAAGUGUCCCUUUCUCCAGGGAGAUUUUCUCUCUUGUGCCACAGUGGUGCACUGGAGUGUUCCCGCUCAGAAGACCCAGAGGUGGAGAUAGUCUACGAUGAACCCUCUCAGCACAUGAGCAUCAAAGGGCUUCCUGCAGAUGUGUAUAAGGUGAAGUGUGAAGUCCAGGAGAAGGUGCACGCCAUGGCUCAGAAACACGUUCAGGUUCCCCCUGAGGUUUUCCAGUUUUUACAACAGGUAGACUCUACCGAAUUCUCUAAGUCUCUUUUUGUAGCACAGAAAAUUCUUGCAAUUUAUGAACUAAAGGAUCCAAGUGUUCUCUUAACCAGCUUUUCUUCUGAAGUCCUAUUGGAAGCUGAAAAGCAAAUGACCAGUGCCUUAAAUUAUCAGCGCAUAGAUGUUGAGGACAAAGAUGUUCUCAAUGACAAGAAAUGGAAAGGACUCACUCGCAGCUUGCUCAGCAAACAUAAUUCCUCCUCAAAGACUAUAAUAAUCAAUGAGUUAACUUCAGAUGUCAAUGCUGAGGUCAUUGUGGCUGGCUGUGUGAGAGAAGUAAAAGAAAUUUAUAACUUGCUUUUUGACUUUCUGGAAAAACACACAAUCAUAAAAAGGAUGAUUGAAAUAAAGUCUUCCUUAAUUAUUGAGUACUUACAGGCAGAAAAGAGGUCAUUCUGUCAAAAGAUAAAAAUUCCAAAAGUGCAGAUAGAGUUCCAUCUUGAGAAAAACCCAAAAGGUUCAAAAGGAAUUUCACUAACUGGUCCAAAGAUAGACGUCCGGAAGGGAAUAGACAUUAUCAUGAAAGCCAGGGAUUCUGUCUGUGUUAAAAGUACCUGCGUUAAUCAACCAGGAGCCAGACAGUUAUUCCAGAAGAAAAAAGGGUUUUAUACACAUGAGGUCAAAAAGCAGUUUGGUUGUAUUAUUAAACUACAGGAGGACGAAGAAAAGGCGGGAGAGGGCACUUACGGGCAGAAACGCCUCUGUGGGGUGGACUUGGCCCCUGGAGUCUCCUUGAUUGUGCAGCAGGGCGACCUGACAGGGUUCCCCGUGGAAGUGGUGGUGAAUGCAGCCAAUGAGGAGCUCCAGCACAUCGGGGGCCUUGCUGCUGCUCUUUUAGAAGCAGCAGGCCCUGAGCUCCAAGCCGACUGUGACCAGAUAGUGAAGAGAAAUGGCAAGGUCCCACCUGGCCACGCCACCAUCUCAAAGCCGGGAAAGCUCCCAUACAGGCACGUGAUCCACGCAGUCGGGCCCCACUGGAGGAGAAAUGAGGCCCAGAGGUGUGUGUCCCGGUUGAAGAGAGCUGUGGAAGAAAGUCUUUGUUUGGCUGAAAAACACAAGUGUCAGUCCAUCGCCAUCCCUGCUAUUAGUUCUGGAGUCUUUGGCUUCCCCUUACCCCAGUGUGUGGAGACCAUCGUUUCUGCUGUCAAGGGGCAUUUCCAACAUAAGUCAGAUGGAUGCACCUUGAAAGAAAUCUACCUUGUGGAUACAGCUGAGAAGACUGUGGAGGCCUUUGCCAGUGCCGUGAAAACUCUAUUUAAAGAUGCCCGGCCCGAUGCUGCUUCCCUGCCCAGAUUGCCAGCAGCCAGCCAGCCCGACUUGAGAGAAGAUCAUGGGAACGGACAAGUUCUCUUGUCCCCAGAAGGCCUGAGGAUCUUGUUGGUGAAAGAAGAGGUGCAGAAUGCUGCUGUCGAUGUUAUUGUCAACUCCAUUCCCUCAAGUCUUUCACUAAAUAAUGGACCCCUUUCUCAAGCCCUCUUGGGAAAAGCCGGCCCAAAACUCCAAGAGGAAUUGAACGCAGCUGGACAAGGGGUGACUGUGGAUGUGGGCACGGUUCUCCUCACCAGUGGCUGCAAUCUGCAGUGCCAGCAUGUGCUUCACGUGGUGGCUCCAGGGUGGAAAAAUAACAGCACAUCUGCACACAAGAUCAUGGAAGACUUAAUCAGAAAAUGUUUGGAGAUGGCUGAGAGCCGGUCCUUAAAAUCCAUUGCAUUUCCAGCCAUAGGAACAGGAAAUUUAGGCUUUCCUAAACCUGUUUUUGCCAAAUUAAUCAUUUCAGAAGUGUUCAAGUUCAGUAGCAACAACCAAGCUACCACCUUACAGGAGGUUCACUUUCUGCUGCACCCAACGGAUCUUGGAAAUAUCCAGGCAUUUUCAGAUGAAUUUGCUCGAAGGGCUAAUGGAAAUUUCGACAGUGAUGCCAUUCUCAAGAUUGAUGAUAAACAAGGUUUCUACGGGACUGUUUCUAGCCCUAAGCAGGGAGAGUACAAAAUGAAGAUUGGUCCCAUCAUGUUCAAGGUGGCCACUGGAGAUAUUGCAACUCAAAAGGCAGAUGUUAUUGUAAAUUCAACAACAAAAACAUUUGAUCUCAAAUCAGGGGUCUCCAAAGCAAUUUUAGAAGGUGCUGGAGAAGAUGUAGAAACCCAAUGUCGUCUUCAAGGUAAACCGGGCAACAGUGAUUACCUAAUCACAGAAGGUGGUUCACUGAAAUGCAAGAAUAUUAUUCAUGUCGUUGGUGGAAAUGAUGUCAAGACAUCCGUUACCCAUGUUUUGCAAGAGAGUGAAAAACGGAAUUACUCGUCCAUUUGCCUCCCAGCCAUCGGGACAGGAAGUGCUAAUAAAGACCCAGAUAAGGUUGCUGGAGCCAUAAUGGAUGCCAUUGAAGACUUCAUCCAGAAAGGAUCUGUCCAGUCUGUGAAAAAAGUUAAAGUUGUUCUCUUUCUUCCACAAUUAAUGAAUGUGUUUCAUGCCAACAUGAAAAAAAGAGAAGGAUUUCAGUCUCCUCCACAAAAGUCUAUGAUAUCUAAAGUUGCAUCAUUUCUUGGACUUUCAAAGCAGUCGCCCAAAAAAAACAAUCCAUUGGUUUUGGAAAAGAAAAAAGACUUAGUAAUUUUUCAGGCAUGUGGUAAAAAUGUAUUAGAUGUGGAACGCAGCCUCUCUUGGAUACAGAAUAUUCUUAAAAAGGACGAAGAGUCUUACACCAGUGCAGAUGAGUGUAUCAAAGAUUUUGAUGAGAAGGAGGUCGAGAAAUUGAAUGAGCUACAGAAGAAACUGAACAUUUUUAUAUCCUUGGACCAUAAAAGACCUUUGAUUGAGGUUUUGGGAAUUGGCAGAGAUGUGGCUGAGGCUAGAAAUGAAAUUGAGGAAAUGAUCAGGAGAGUAAGAUUGGCCAAAGAGAAGGAAUCCCAGGCAGAUUAUAUCUAUGAAUUUAUACAAUGGCAAUAUAAUGACAAUAACACUUACCACAGUUUUGACAAAAUGACCAAUCUGCAAUUAGAGAAUGCCCGGAAAAAUCGCCAAACGACAACUGAAGUCACAGUUAAUCAGCAGAUUUACACAGUGAAUUUGAAAACAAACACAGCUACAGAUGCAAAUGGACACAGUAUAUCUGUUCAGCGCAUCAAGAAAGGUGACGUUGAGAUCCCUGAAAACUGGGCUGACAUGAAGCAGCAGGAUUUCCUUGUGGUUGAUCUACAGCCUAAUGAUGAAGAUUAUAAAUCUGUGGCAGGAAAGUUUAAUCAGACCUGCGCAAACUUCAAGAUAGAGAAGAUUCAGAGAAUCCAGAAUGCAGACCUCUGGAAUAGUUACCAGGCAAAGAAGAAAACCAUGGAUGCCAAGAACAGCCAGGGCAACAACGAGAAGCUGCUCUUCCAUGGGACAGAUGCCUACUCAGUGCCACAUGUCAACCGCAAUGGCUUUAACCGCAGUUAUGCUGGGAAGAAUGCUGUGGCAUAUGGAAAGGGAACCUAUUUUGCUGUCAAUGCCAAUUAUUCUGCCCAGGACACAUACUCCAAACCAGAUGCAAAUGGGAAAAAGCAUAUGUAUUAUGUACGAGUGCUUACUGGACUCAGUGCACCUGGAAAUCAGACAUUAAUUGUACCUCCUGCCAAGGACCCCGUAAAAAAUCCUUUUGACCUGUAUGACACUGUCACAGAUAAUGUGUCAAAUCCCUCUUUGUUUGUGGUAUUUUACGACUACCAGGCUUACCCAGAGUACCUCAUUACUUUUAGACGAUGACCUUUUAGAAUCCUUUGCAGAAGGGAUUAUUCAUCUACAGCUCUCUAGGUUAAAACAGGUUUCAGCUUUUUUUCUCCCUUAACAGCUUUUUUGAAUAUUAAAGAGUGCUUGUUCCUGAUAUCAUACUUUUUCAGGUUAUAUUUCACAAUGGAUGAACCUCUCUGGAAAGAAGUAAAUUUGAGAAUUUAAGUCAGAUGAUUUAGUUACACACACAUACCUAUGAUAAAACAUAAUUUAUAAAUUAAGCACUGUGAGAGAUUAACAACAAAAAUAAAAUAGUUCAAUUAUAGCAAUACACUGUAAUAACAUUUUUUGAAUGUAGGCUCUUUUUUUCUCUCAAAUAUCAUAUUGUAGGUAAUAUGUUUGGACUGCAGUUAACCAUGGGUAACUGAACCUAUAGAAUGCAAAACUAAGUGUAAGAGAGAGAACUGUAUUCUUAAAGCCGGGUGGCAAAGCAAUGCAUUUUCAGCUGCUGCUGAGAUACAGCUGGCAUCAUGUCAUUGCCAUUGGCAACAGUGUUAGGAACAGGUGGGCUGCUGUUUUACUGGGUGCUGUUUUACUGAUUGGGGUCUGACUCAUUUUUUAUCCCUGAACUUAGACCCUCUGGUCAAUGGUUGCUUAAUAAAUGCUUCACAAACCAAAUAAGAAUGAAAGAGCCUAGUCAGGAUACUACCCAAAGAAGGGACAAUCUCUUCAACAUCCUUGGCUUAUCAGCACUUUCCCUUACACUGAACAGACUCCUUGGCAAAAAACUUCCUUCUUCAUGAACUAGGGCACGACAUGUGAGCCAGGCCCAGUCAGGGUUCUGGGACAGGAGUGCAGCUGUGUCCUGCACGGUCCAGGCCUUAGAGGAGACUGUGAGUAGCCCAGUGUGUCCACAAAGUUGUGUAGCACAGCCACACUGCCUGGAUUGGUGCUUUAAUUGUCAAGUCCAACUCAUUGUUUUAGUUCUGCCCAAUGAAAUCCAUGCGACGAAGCCUCGUAAAUCCUCAGUGUGAAACCCUUCUACUGUGUAAAGAUUAAAUAAAUUCCAAGGUUAUUAAAUAGCACAUGCUCCUUGGCAGUCUAUCUUUUGAUGAUUUCAAAGUCCUAUGCAUGAAUAAACCAAAAGUACUAAGCAGCCAUAUUGCUACUUUUGCUAACCCAGUAUCUAUUUGGUAGUGAAGGAAAGUUUAUUUUUUAACUUCUCCAUGUAAAUACCAGAUUCAAUCACUAUUGAACACCUUGAUUGUACCAAAUAGUAUAAUCGGUGUUUUCACACUCAGUAUUCUAUUGCCCUAAAUAAUCUUUUGAUGUAAUAUUAUAUCUCUAUUUAAAAUUGGGGAAACUUAUGCUCAGAAUGCACAAAGCUUCUUUCGUGCACCCCUUUGGCAAGUAGCCAGGAUCUCUUGCUGUGUCUUAAUCUGUAUCUUUAUAAAAUCAGGAAAAUAUUUUCCAUCACCCACUUCCAUAUCAUAAGAUCCAAUCACAAUAUUAUCUUAUCUAUUCCCAGGUCUAUGUAUGUCAGGAUCUAAAUAGGAUCUUGCAAUAAGCAGAGUCAAGAAGGAUUACAUUUGCCUGGAGGUGGCUCAGGAUUUCCUAAGGAAGGUUGAAUAGAGCAGAUGGCGAGUAUCUGAAGUUUUGAAUCUUCAGACUUAGGAAACUAGAGAUAUUUGGUUUGAACCAGGUGGAGCAAGGAGAUGGGGAAAGAGUUGUUUUUAGGAGAACUGGGCACUGCAUUACUGCUGCAUGAGUGAGCUAACAGAAAAAGCAAAGAUUGUCCAUCUGGGUUGACCCUCCCCAGUGAAGCAGAACAUUACAAUAAAUAAUAAAAUGUUGUGCUUAAGCUAUUGCAUUUUGGAAUGGUUUGUUAUAU